AUGGAGGUCCCAGACGUCCCUUUGAACUUCGUCCCUGCCAAAGCAGGUGAAAUCAUUACUGUCGGGCCUAUAAAGCUGCGUGUUAUGGAAGAUGGUUCAAACACAGAUAUGCGUCUCAGUUGCGUGGAAAUCACCAUUCCCCCAAGAACCCGCGGCCCUCUCCCACAUUGGCAUGAAAUGCAUGACGAGACUUUCCUCGUUCUCAAAGGGACUGCUCGAUUCCAUAUCCCCGGCAAAGAUCACAUUGAUGCCACGGUCGGUGACUAUGUUGUUGUUCCAACAAGGAGUCCUCAUACAUUUUCGAACCCGACGGAUGAAGAGGCUGUUAUCUACAAUUCUUUUACACCGGCGUUCUAUAUCAAUUACUUCAAAUUGCUUGGUGGGUUUGUGAGGGAUGGGGAGUUCACUCCGGAAGCGAACGCGAGGGCUAUGUCGUACUUCGCGACUAUUCCUGUUCCUGAGCCUUAA